AUGGUGACGAUGAACGAAGAAGCUAUGGAAAAUCCAAUCACAUGCAGCAGUUGUGAGGAAAAGCAGCUUAGAGCUGAAAAUGCUCGACUGAAGAAGAAACUGGCUCGAGUGUGUGCCUUAGAUGCUAUGAAGGAACUAAUCAAGUUGGCAGAACCAGAUUCCAUUCUCUGGAUCAAGAGUCCAGACAACGAGAAAGAAGUGUUUAAUCACGACGAGUAUGAACGGAGGCGUUCUUCUUUUAACUCUCCGAAACCAAAUGGUUUUGUAACUGAAGCUACAAGAGAGACUGUGCUGUUAUGCACCAACACUGCUGCACUGAUUGAAACAUUUCUUGAUGCGGAUCGAUGGGCGGAGAUGUUUCCGUCUAUGAUUGUUGGAGCUGAAACAUUGGAUGUAUUAUCUAAUGGAAUUGAUGGAACCAGAAAUGGAUCUAUGCAACUGAUGCAUGCUGAGAUUCAAUUGCCUACUCCUUUGGUGCCGGUUCGAGAAUACAAAUUCAUCAGGUUUUGCAAGCAGCAUGCUGAUGGUAAAUGGGCUGUCGUUGAUUUUUCGUUCGACUUUGGUCGUAAUUGUCCCAAUGGAGACCCUAACAUGAGCUGUAAGAAGCUUCCCUCUGGCUGUAUUUUGCAGGACAUGCCCAAUGGUUUUUGCAAGAUAACUUGGGUGGAUCAUUCUCAAUAUGAUGAGAGUCCUGUCCACCAAAUCUAUCGUCCAUUGGUUAACUCCGGCAUGGCAUUUGGUGCUCAUAGAUGGGUUGCAACUCUCAAGAGGCACUGUGAAUCCCAUGCCAUCCUCAUGUCUGCCGUACCGUCUCAAGACCCUGAAGUCAUAUGCCCAUCUGGCAAGAGAACCAUGUCAAAGCUUGCGCAGCAUAUGUCCGAUUACUUCUGGUCUGGAAUUUGUCCUUCGUCGGCUUCCCAAUGGGACAUCCUUCCCAUUAAUAACUUGCGCAAUGGCGACAUAAGAUUCAUGUCCCGUUUAAUUCAGGAUGCCUCUGGCGAAAAUCGUAGCAUUGUGCUAAGUGCUUCAACUUCUGUUUGGAUGCCGGUGUCGCGGAAAAUGGUGUUUGAUUUCCUCUGUGAUGCACAAAUGAGAGGUGAAUGGGAUGUUUUGUCCAAUGGUGAGCAUGAGAUGGUCCACAUUGCUAAAGGAGAAGAAAUUGGAAAUUCAAUUUCUAUCCUUGCUAAUUCGGGCAACAUGCUAUAUCUACAAGAUUCAUGGACCGAUAGUUUUGGCUCGAUGAUCGUGUAUUCUCCGAUCAGCAUGCAAUCCUUGAGCAUGCUUUUGAAUGGUGGAGAUCCUUCAUCUGUUCCUCUUUUUCCUUCUGGCUUUUCAAUUCUUCCGGAUGGCCAUUCAAGUAACAACACCAUCAUCGAAACUUCAAGUGACGGUAGUGGCAGCGACAACGACGACAACAACAACAACAACGGAUGCUUGCUCACAUUUGGAUUACAAUUACAAAUUUUACUGGAUAGCCAGCCAACAAGUAAGUUCGCAUAUGAAUCAGUUGAAAGCAUUAAUGAACUCAUCUCAUGCACCAUUAAGAAGGUCAAAGAGGCUCUUGGAGUUGAAUGA